AUGCUCGAAAAUGGUCAUGCGCAAUCUGCCGUAAUCUCCAAGACCGAAAAUAGCCUUGUGCAAGGCAACGAAAAUGGCGAUGAGCAGAAAUCUGCGUUUCUGAAGUUAGCCUCCAGCCCAAUCUAUUCCACGUCCAGUGACGAGAAAGCGAAUGUAGGCGAUGUCGUUGCCCCUGACGAGAGCAAGAUGAACCACGUGUUGUCUACACAUUCUGCUAGUAUGACAAGGUUUGACGCAGACCAUACAGAUUUCGACCAUCGCUUGGCUGAGACGAUCAGAGGUUCAAGUCUAGCUGAGGGUGGGUACCUCGUCCAUCGGCGGCCAGUGAACCCGUGGACGCUGAAAUUUGUUGACCCUUCGGUCGAAAAAGAUUACAUAGAUCACUUUACGCACGCGCACAAGCCGCCAUCGUCCGGCAGCAGUGCUCAUAAAGACAAAUGGUUUGUGGAUGCGCCGAAGUACAGCGUGGCUGUGGACGUGUUCGUUGCGACGGUCAUUUACUGCAUCGUCACCACUCUGUCGCUGGUCGUCUUCGGAAUUUCGAACGUGGCCGUGGCCAUCUACUUCGUGAUCAGCUUCUUGCUACUGUUGACGUUCGUUGCUUACAUGGUCUGGUACCUGGUGAAUCGGAAUAUUUUGCCCCCGGUACUGCUUCUGUGGGUGCCGAAGCACAUCGCCGGCAUGAUAUUAAUCGAUUUGCCUCUGGGAGCUGCUUACUGUCAGUUAUACCGCGGGAGUGGCGUUGCAGAUACGGAACUGUUCUCCGAAUCAUACGUCAGACACAUCUGCGCACUGUUGCUGAUGGUGAUAUUCAGCCAUGCGAACUUCAGCCAGUUGAAGAGCUGGCUGAAAGCGUUGUCUGUGGUCAUCAUCAGUCUGAGCACGAUACUGCUGAUCGAGCUUUACAGUAGGAACGGAACCAACAUGUCGCAGCCGAGCGAUGUCAGUGUGGCUGCAGAGACGCUGACUGCUUUGAGGUAUGAGUUUUUGACUACGAUGACAUCAGUGGCACCAAUGGAUUUCAACGUCACACAGUUUCGCCGGUCAUCUUCUCCUAUCUACUUCUAUGAGAUUUACGUCGACAUAUUCCUCGCAUGUUUGUUGAUCAUAUUCUUGAACUAUCAGUUCGAAGCGAGCUUCCGUAUGAGCUUCUACGGCGAUCUACAGGCAUGUCAGGCGAUCCAGACGAUCAAGGACAUGAAGGACCAAGCUGACUGGCUGCUGUGCAACAUCAUCCCGGAUCACGUAGUAGAGAAGUUGACUCGCACCCUUAAGUACUCCGAAAACCACGACAGGGUGGCGGUGCUGUUCGCCAGUGUCGUCAAUUGGGACGACGUGUAUGAGGAGAACUACGAGGGUGGCCGCGAGUUCUUGCGCGUGCUCAACGAGCUUAUUAGCGACUUCGAUGAGAUCCUCGAUCGGCCGGAAUUCACGCAGGUGGAGAAGAUCAAGACCAUCGGCACGACGUACAUGGCAGCGUCCGGCUUGAACCCUGAUCGCCGACGCCUAAGCGAACUGCCGGACAGCCACCUGUAUGAGUUGAUGGAGUUCGCGUUGGCGCUGCAAAAGACGCUUGAGAACUUCAAUAACGACCUGCUCAAUUUCGAACUGGUCAUGAAAAUCGGCUACAAUAUCGGCCCCGUGACUUCCGGCGUCAUCGGCACCACCAAGUUUCGAAUGUACUCCACCGGCGUUGUGGGCCGCAUCCAAGUUAGUCGUCAUGCGAAGGAGAUGCUGGAGAACGUGUACGAGUUUGAGUUUCGCGAUCACAUCGGCGUUAAGGGAAUCGACAACGGCAUGGAUGUGUAUUUGUUUAAGUUGAGGCGACAGGAGAUGACUCCUCGCAGUAAAACGUUUUUCAAUAAUUUCUAA